AUAAGAGACCUAUUUACUUAUUUACCUUUAGUCUGUCUUUAUAGUUCAAGCAUAAUGGUUAAGUCUUUGAUACUAUUGUGUUUAUUAAGCCUCGUUUAUUCCGACAAUCCAGCAAAGACAAAAGGUUUUGUGAGGGUGCUGACAAGAAAGGGUGUGAUUCAAGGCAAAGUUCAUGAUGGGUAUAACACAUUUUUUGGAAUUCCGUACGCUAAGGUUAAUGAGGAAAACCCUUUUGGACGCAUCUUAGACUACCCAAACUUCAACGAUACAUUCAUAGCCGAUGAUCCUUCAGUGCUCUGCCCUCAAGUGUACUUCAAUGACAACGGGGUCCUGCAGUGUCUCAUACUCAACAUCUACGUGCCACAUUCGGCCAGCACCAACAACCUAUUGCCAAUAUUGGUCUGGUUCCACGGCGGAGGAUUUGCUUUCGGCAGCUCCGGUGAAUAUGGCGGCCAAUAUUUGGUCAAACACGACAUCAUCGUCAUCACAGUGAACUACAGACAAGGGGCUUACGGCUUCUUAUGUUUGGACGAUCGCAAUGUCCCCGGCAAUCAAGGCAUGAAAGACCAGAUUGAAGCUUUAAGAUGGAUUAAAAGACAUAUAGCUAAUUUUGGUGGAGAUCCCUCUAAAGUUACUAUUGCUGGCGAAAGUUAUGGCGGCGGUGCCGUAGACUUACAUCUGUACUCAAAUUACGAAAUGUUAUUCGACAAAGCUAUAGUUCAAAGUGGCUCCAUAUAUGUAACAGAAGGAAUUUUCAUCAAACCAGAUUAUAAUGCUGCGAUCAAACUGGCAACCUAUUUGGGUUACAACGUGACGACGACGGUUAAAGCGCUUGAAGUACUCGCUAAAGCGAAUCCUAGUGACGUGAACGCAGCUACGAGGAACAUGAGCAUGAUACUGACGCUUUGUAAAGAGAAGAAGUUCCAAGGCGUCACAAAUUUCAUUACUGAUGACCCAUUCCACUUAAGCAAACCCAACAGGAUAAAGAGGACAUCGAUAAUGAUCGGGUACACGAGCCAGGAGAUGUUAUAUGAAUUCGCGAACAAACCGCAGUCACACUAUGAUAGGCUGGGCAAUCCUUUCCUACCACAGCUUACAAAAACUUUUAUUUUACCGAAAAGUGAGCUACUGAGACUUAGUAGCAUCGUCCAGCACUUCUAUUUAGGAGGAAAGACAGCUGGUCCUGAAACAGAAUUGGAAUUGAGUAACUUUUUAUCAGAUUUCGCCAUAAAUUAUGGAGUUGAGUGGUCUGUCAGUAGAUACAUCGAACAGAACGCGAAGGCUGUGUAUAAGUACAUGUUCUCGUACACAGGAGGUAGUGACUAUCAGAAUGUGACUGGUUCGGGAGCCUCGCAUACAGAAGAGCUAAAAUAUCUCUUCAAUUGGGUUUGGGCGAACCCGCCGAGCAUGCCUGAACAGGUGCUAAUAAGAGAUAGGAUGACCACCAUGUGGGCUAAUUUCGUUAAGUUUGGAAAUCCGACUCCUUUGGAGACAGAUCUCAUCCCGCUGACGUGGACGCCCGUCUCAAUGUCUGCCAGGCCUUAUAUGAACAUCGAUGUCAAUAUGGAAUUGAGGAACUUCGCCUUCAGACAUAGAAUGGCCUUCUGGGAACUAGUGUGGCAUACGUAUGGAAAGAAACACGUACUUUUGAGUGAUAAAAGUCCUCCUAGUUUAUAAUUUUUAACUGUUGCCAUAAUAAUUUAGAAUAAGUAUAUAGAUGCCAGCGGUUUCACCCUCAUCGCGUGGUGUCCUCUGGACGAACCUGGAUAAAAAGUAGCCUUCCUCGAUAAAUGGGUUAUCUAACGUUGAAUAUUUUUUCAAAUUGGACCAGUGAGUAGUUCCUGAGAUUAGAAUCCGUACAAGAAUAAGAAGAGCUCUUCAGUGUAUAGAUAAAAGAUAGAAAGUAUUUCUAUUAUGUACUGGCAUUAAAUGCCAAAUGUUGGUACUUACGCCCUAACUGGGUCCACAAAAUUAUUCUUAGCGGCCUAUGUAAAUAACAACUGUUAAAAACUUGUGGAAAGCAAAUAAAUGAUAAAAAAUAUAUUAUUUUUUAUAA